AUGGACGCCCGCCAUAUUGGUCACACUUUUACACUUUCUAAAUGCGAGUUUGCUGUGGGUUAUCAACGACUUAUUGGGAAAAGAUGUUUGUUUCCGUUCGGCUUUCAUUGUACAGGAAUGCCUAUAAAGGCUUGUGCUGACAAGCUGAAGCGGGAGAUGGAAGGACUUCGGAUAUCUCCACAAUUCCCGCUCGAAGAGGAAGAAGAACUGAAGGAUGAAAGUAAACUUGUGGCCAAAACUGGUUCGUCCAAAUAUCAAUGGCAUAUCAUGCAUUCUCUAGGUCUCACAGAUGAAGAAAUUAAAAAAUUCGCCAACACUGAUUACUGGUUAGACUACUUCCCUCCCUAUUGCAUUUCCGACUUGAAACAAAUGGGUCUCAAGGUUGAUUGGCGCCGUUCUUUCAUAACAACAGACGUAAAUCCAUAUUAUGAUUCGUUCGUCCAGUGGCAGUUUCGCAAGCUACGCGCCGCGAAUAAAAUCGAUUUUGGCAAAAGGUACACCAUAUACUCUCCAAAAGAUGGUCAACCCUGCAUGGAUCAUGAUCGCUCUAGCGGUGAAGGUGUUGGUCCUCAAGAGUACACUUUAGUGCAGCUGAAGAUACUGGAUCCCAAGCCGACUGUGCUCGCUCACAUAUCUCUGCCAGUAUAUUUAGUUGCAGCCACGUUGAGGCCAGAGACUAUGUACGGUCAGACCAACUGCUAUCUUCAUCCAGACAUCCAGUAUUCUGUAUUCUAUGCUGGUGAAAAGGAGGACAUGGUAUUCAUAGCCACUGCUAGGGCAGCGAGAAAUAUGUCCUAUCAAGGUCUUACCGCUUCAAACGGCGUGGUACGGUACGUUGAAGGGCUCGAAAAGGUAUCGGGAAACAAGCUUCUUGGUGCUGCACUGUCGGCUCCUCUAGCAUCCUAUCCAAAAAUCUAUGCGCUUCCCAUGCUCACGAUAAAAGAUGACAAAGGUACCGGAGUAGUAACGUCAGUGCCAUCAGACUCUCCGGAUGAUUUCGCAGCAUUGUCUGAUCUGAAAAAGAAGAAACCGCUGCGCGAGAAGUACGGAAUAACAGACGACAUGGUGCUCCCUUUCGAACCCGUGCCUAUUAUCGAGAUUGAAGGAUUAGGCAACUUUGCAGCUGUUGAGAUGUGUCAUCGCUUGAAGAUUGAAUCUCAGAAUGAGAAAGAUAAGCUGGAGGAAGCAAAAAAAGAAGUGUACCUCAAAGGAUUCUACGAUGGUGUCAUGAUAGUUGGGAAAUAUGCAUCUCAAAGGACGGCAGAUGUAAAGAAAUUAAUACAAGCUGAUUUGAUUGAAGAAGGGCUCGCCAGAAAAUAUGUUGAACCUGAAAAGAAAGUGAUCAGUCGAAGUGGAGAUGAAUGUGUGGUGGCUCUCUGUGACCAAUGGUAUCUCAACUAUGGAGAUACACAGUGGAAAUCUGAAGCUAGGAAGGCGCUUGCUCAACUGAAUACGUACAGUGAUGAGGUUGAUUAA